GUGGUGAAAGUCGUAGGAAGCAACAUCUCUCAUAAACUCCGCCUCUCCCGAGUCAAGCCGUCCGACGAGGGCACGUACGAGUGCCGCGUCAUCGACUUCAGCGACUACGUAGGGGCCCGUCACCACCGCGUCAGAGCCUACCUGCAGGUGGUGCCGGAGGGCGACGCCACCGCGAGCAACCACCACAACAACAACUUCAGGGCUCCGGACGAUACCAAGAGGGGCGUGGGAUUCACCGACGUGCCUCACGGUGGCACCAGAGAGCACAGUCAGCACCAGAACCACGGGCACAACCAGGAGCACGGCAAGCGGCCCUCAUCGCCCGCCCACCACGGCCACAGCCACGGCGGCAGCAGCAGUCAGCAGCACAAGGCUGGCAGGGAGCUCAAGAAGAGGGACAUGGACAGUAAUCACAACCACAAUGACUGCAGCAACGAGCCGAGCUGUGCGCCGUAG